AUGGAUCCCAUCGGCGGGGGGAUCCUAGAUGGCCUCAACUCAACUUCCCACAACGCCACAUCGCGGCCCGAGACAUGGCUCGAGACCCUCCAAGACUUUGAUUUCCUGCUCCUCGAAGCCAAGCUAGUCCUCAGCGCGGCGAGCAUCAUCUAUGUCGGCGCCCACGCCGCGUUGCGGAGGCCGCCGUCCGCGGCGCUACCCAAGGACAAAAAGGCCCGGCGCAAGACGGAGGAGGAGGACAAGCUGGCGCAGGGUCUGGAAAUGUCAGACGCCAUUCUGUUUCCCGUCAUGGCCGGAAUUGUGCUCAUGGGCCUGUACUAUCUGAUCCAGUGGCUCAACGACCCAGCCAUCAUCAGCAAGAUUCUGCGGUGGUACAUGUCCAUUGUCUCGGUGGCGAGCUUAAUCACCCUCUACGCGCACGGCGUCGAUCUCGUUUCUGCUUUUGUCUUUCCAAAAUACUGGCGAGGUCUGGACGGCAAGCUGCGCAUGGCGGAUCAGAAGAGCCAGGCCGUCGUUGGAUGCGACAAUGUUGGAAACGCGAGCGAUGGCACGCCUGCGUCGAUUGGUAACCCCUUACCAGGUGCCUUUAGCUUGCUCGCCCCAACGGCGAAGUUGAGAAGGACAGUCUGGAACAUUAGGGGCAUAUUCAAGCGCGAAUGGCUGCUGCGAUUUUUCCUGCACGGUGUGGGCGAGGAAAAGGCGCACAUCAAGUUUGCAACAAUGAUGGCCUUGCCGCUGGCGGCUGCUACGGCUGUCUUAUACUUUACCACAACGUCGCCGUUUCUUUCCAACAUACUGGGCUACGGAAUGUGCUACUGCUCGUUCCUCGUCUUGUCGCCUACCGACUUGCUCAUCGGGUCACUUGUACUCUGGGGCCUUUUCUUUUACGACAUCUUCAUGGUCUUUUACACCCCAUACAUGGUCACGGUGGCAACUACCCUCGAGGUCCCGAUCAAGUUGCAAUUCAAGGCUGCUCACCGCCAGAGUAUCCUUGGCCUGGGCGACAUUGUCAUCCCUGGCAUGGUCAUCGCUUGGACUCUCCGUGCUGAUUUGUGGCUACACUACAAGCGUCUAGUCAAAUACGAGUCCACAGACCUGCAAAUCGUGGAAAAGGACGCGACGUCCGGCGAGCUGGUGACACGCAGCGAAACAAAGCACCGUGAGAUCAAGGCACCCUACUUGGAAGUCAAGGGGAACUGGGGCGACUGGUUUUGGACGCGCCGGCUCAUGUACUUGCGCGCGCCCAAGGAGGUCCCGCCUUCCGUGGCAGCGAGCAACUUCAAGAAGACGUACUUUUACGCGUCCAUGGUUGGCUACCUUCUGGGCAUGCUGGCGACGUUGGCGAUGCUUCUGGUGUUUAAGCGCGGCCAGCCAGCACUGUUGUAUCUUGUCCCAUGCGUGCUGGGUUCUAUCUAUCUGACAGCCAUCGUCCGUGGAGAGCUCAAGAGCCUAUGGAAGUACACGGAAGACGGUAGUCUCGAUACGGUGGAUGUCGUCGUCGACUUGGACGCGGAUGGAGUUCCGGUAAAGACGAUCGGCAAACUAGAGAAUGGAGUCGUGGACACGACGAAAAAGGAGAACAAGGACUCGACUGCGAACGCGAAGGGAUCCGGGUCAACUGACAACGCCAAAGAGAAGGGAGACGACAAGAAGACCGGCGAUAAAGACAAAAAGGAGCAGAAUCACCACGUCUUUCUAUUUUCGCUGGAGGCGCCUCCGGAUGAUAAAGAAGAAUAA